CCAGCAAAGGUUGCGAAGGGCUCUUCCUCUAUUUUGGCGACUUUUGCAGCGAGGGAGAGAAGGCGAUGUGUGUCAGGGUGUGGUUUUCUGGACUGGGACUGCUGGCUGGGCUCUUUUGUUCCAUUCUGGGAUCCGCAGAUGGGGGGAAGGUCCUGGUAAUGCCAGUAGACGGGAGUCACUGGCUGAGCAUGAAGAUCUUGGUGAAGGAGUUGACCCACAGAGGACACGAGGUGGUGGUUUUGGUGCCCGAGACCAGUCUGCUGAUCGACAGCAAAGAGGACUACAGGACUCAGGUUUACAAAGUCCCCUACAGCAAAGCCGAACUCGAUGGAUCAUUUACGCAGCUCACGGAGAGCAUCUUCAUCAAGUCGCCGGUGUUUAAAGACCUGUUUUUCAACAUAAAGCUUGUGGUGAACUUUACAACGUUCCAGGAAAAAGGUUGUAGAAGUCUCCUCGACCAGCAGCUUCUGCUGAGUCAGCUGAGGGGUGAAGCCUUCGAUCUGGUGCUGACAGACCCUUUUCUCCCGUGCGGCUCCGUCCUGGCUCAGAUCUUUGGCAUCCCGGCUGUUUACUUCCUCCGCGGACUUCCCUGUGACUUAGAUUCCAAGGCUAACCGCUGCCCCGUUCCGUUGUCUUAUGUUCCCAAAUUCUACUCUGGUCACACAGAUGUCAUGACUUUCACAGAGAGGGUCAAAAACAACAUUAUGGGUCUGGCGGAGUCUUAUGUGUGUCAGCUCAUGUAUGCCCACUUUGACGAGCUGGUCAGCGAUUAUGUGGAGGAAGGCAUGACCUACAUGAAACUGUUGAGCCAUGGCGCUAUUUGGCUCCUGAGGUACGACUUUGUCCUGGAGUGGCCCAAACCGGUGAUGCCCAACAUGUUUUUUAUUGGCGGUAUCAAUUGCGCAAAGCAGCAACCCCUUCCUGCGGAUUUGGAGGAGUUCGUCGAAGGGUCAGGGGAUGAUGGUUUUAUCGUCUUUACUUUGGGCUCCAUGGUGUCCAAAAUGCCGCAGGAGAAAGCGCAACAAUUCCUUGAAGCCUUUCGCCAGAUUCCACAGAGGGUUUUGUGGCGAUACACUGGAGUUGAACUUAAGAAUGUGCCAAAGAAUGUGAAACUGAUGAAGUGGCUACCUCAGAAUGAUCUUUUAGCUCACCCCAAGGCCAAAGCGUUCCUCACCCACGGAGGGACCCACGGUAUCUAUGAAGGCCUCUGCAACGCCGUUCCCAUGCUCAUGUUUCCACUGUUCGGAGAUCAGGCGGACAACGUUCACCGCAUGGUGGUGCGUGGGAUUGCCGAGACGCUCAGCAUGCACGAUGUGAAGACAGACGAACUGCUGGUGGCUCUCAAAAACAUUAUCAACAACAAACAUUAUAAAGAAAAGAUGGUGAAAUUGUCCGCGAUACACCUGGACCGCCCUGUUCAGCCUUUGGACCUGGCUGCCUUCUGGACCGAGUUUGUGAUGAGACACAAAGGAGCAGCGCAUCUGCGCGCAGCGGCACACGAUUUGAACUGGGUCCAAUACCACAGCCUGGAUGUCGUCGCUUUCCUGCUCACUGUGGUUGUGACUGCUCUGUGGGUGACGCUUAAGUGCUGCUUGUUCUGCACCCGCAAGUGUUGCACAAAGGGGACUGCAAAGAGGAAAUCCGAGUAAAAAUUCUGUCACAUGUAAGUGAGAUGUAAAGUUCUGUGACUAUUUGAAUGUUGGAUGAAUGGAUGUGUGUGUUGUAUGUGUGCUGGCAACAUUUUAAGAUGAUCUUAAAAAUGGAAUAAUUUUUUACUUAAAUCGCCAAACUAAAUCUUGCUGUCAUUUGAAGGGUUUGAUCCUGAAGAAAAUUGAUGAGGUCGAUUCCGAGACUGCCCUCAUUCUUGAAAGACAGUAAAUAAAGUCACUCUUGUUGAGCUCGUGAAGAACUUUUACAAUUCUCUUUUGGGCUUAAGGCUUUUACUUUCACCUCUAUUUGUUAAAAAGCAGGAAUAUGGAAAGUGAAAUCCAAAUGAAGUGAUUAAUUAAACACCAAUGUUAGACAAAAACCAUUUACAAAUGUAAUUACAAAUCUUAAUGUUCAUUCACAAUUCAAAUUUCAGAACAGGUAGACAAUCAUAAUGGGCAUUUUCUUAGUACCAUAUUUGACCACAGCAUAUGUGAGAAGACAAACUGCAAAUUUAACUCUGGCCUUCUAUUAAGCCGUCACAUGAAAUUAAAACAUAAAAGCAUGAAAAUGCAUUCCUAUAUACAUUUUUGAACAAUUUUCGGACAGCCAGUGCUCAACCUGCUCAGCAAUCAUUACUGCAUCUUCCCUGUUUGAGUGACUAGUGUAAGUAUUUUAAUGUAUAUUAUUAUUCUCCUCAGGGAUCAACAUAUAUUAAUUUUCCCAUAUAGUGUUGGCAAAGAUCUUGGCUUUUGACUUUUCCCUUCGUUGUCCUGUUUUUGCAGGUUCCAUUAAUCACUAUUGCACUCUCAUGAGGAAAUGACUCUCUUCUGUGUUAAUUUUUGGCAACAACCAGACACUGAAAUAAAUAAAAAAAGAAAAAAACUGAAAAUACAGUACAAUAUACAAUAUCAAUGGCUUUUUUCUUUAAUGCAAGUUACAAUUACACAAUUUUUUUGUAGGACAGCUACCAAAACAUCUCAGUACAAUUUUGUCAUGAGUAACUAAAUGCAGUACAGGGUUUGCUCCUUCCUUUAAUUUGAUUUGUAGUUAAAUUAUUUUUUGGAGGACAUCUGCCAAAACAUCUGAGUAGUAUUACAUGAUGAGUAAAGGAUUCAUACGCCACCCCAAAACAUCAGCUUUAUAAGUAGUGCAGUACAGUAGUCUCCUUAAUUUAUCUCACACAUACAGACAGAUACAUUUGAAUUCUUUAGAAUAUUGUUGUGACCCGAGCUUUACAUAUAAAUAUUUAAAACUUAUGAUGAUGAUUAAGAAGCUUUAAAAAGACAUCUCAAUUUAACUGAGAGUUCAUACAUUCAUGAUGAAUAUUCUGAAAGUGAUCGUCACAUCGUCCAGGAGAGGGAACCAAACACUAAAAUCCAGCCGCGUUCUCAGCUUUUUGACACAGUGUGUCGAAUGACGUCACCUCGCCAUGUCGCUUUAAACAUGGUGCCGAUAAAGUUAUUUUUAAUUUCAUGUUUAUCACAUAAGUUUGACACUAAAAUGUAAAUAAAGUUUGGAGUUGUGAGGUCCAGUACACUGUAUUCCUCAAACUGUAUUUCUGUUACAUGGAACCCUGAACCAAGUCCAAGGUCAUUGCGUUCAUCAAAGCAAAGCAGAGGCGGGGAGAGUCAGAUGACAAUAAGGGGGAGGGGGGGGGGGCAAUUGCUUCAUGCAUUGAAUGGAUACUGCAGGUACAGAUUUAAAUGUCCAUAUUGACCACGUUUAUAGUAAAAUGAACAAUUGCUCAAGUUACUGAUGUUGGUGUGAACUAUUUGUGGGUUUCUUGCUUGAGAUAAGAGUUUUGAAUCUCAAGAGUCGAGUGUGCGAGUUUUGCAAAUCUCCCUAUAACGUGAUAUUUGCGGUAUUCUGAUUUUCCUUGUGUAAGUGAAUGCAUUGUCAGAAACACAAAGUUAGCGAGGCUGGAGAAGCUGAGGCAACACCAUGACGCUGGUGAAAAGCUUUUUUGUGGAAAACAGUUAAAAUAAAA